AACAAAAAUAUAGUGAUCAACAACGACAACAACAAAAUAAUUCGUAUCAAUCGGAAAUUAAGAAUCAACAAACAAACAAACAACAAUGCUCACCUCAACAACAUCAACAACAACAACAUCAUCAUCAUCAAAUCAAUAUCUAAGACCGGAAUAUCUACCACCGGUUUCAAGUCCGUUGGACGCAAAUAAAAGUCCAUUGGCAUUAUUAGCAAAAACAUGUUCAAAUAUUGGUAUUGAUCAACCAAACAAUAAUAAUAAUAAUAAUAAUCUAAAAUCAUUGAAUAAUAAUGGAACGGCAAAUUUAUCCAAUGGUUCAUCAUCAUCAUCAACAUCAUCAAAUAAUUCUUCCAAUAGUAAUGAUUCAAUAAAUCAUAAUAAUCAUAAUCGUCGUACGACACCAAAAAUAAAAUCUAAUGAUUAUUUUCUUGAUCAUCAUCAUCAACAACAACAACAACAUCACAAUCAUCAUUCAAAGCUCAAUUUUAAGCCUUAUGAAACUAAUAAUAAUCAUCAUCAACAUCAUCAUAAUAAUCAUAGAAAAUUAACAAAUGAAAGAGAUAAAUCAUCACCAUCAAAAUCAUUAACUUCGCCAAAUUCUUUAAAUAAUAAAGUGCCAUCACCAACAUCAUCGGAUAAUAAAAAUUCCUCAUCAUCAUCAUCAUCGGCACAACCAAUCAGUUAUACUAGUUUAGGUUUACCCGAUAUGCAUAAAGAUUCAUUGGCUGCAUUCUAUAAAGCAUAUGGAUUUUUAACACCAAAUUGUUGUCCAACAACAACAUCUGGAUCACCGUAUCCAUCAUUAAUGCCACCACCGAUUGCAUUGGAUAAAACCGGUGCUUAUCCAUCGAUAUAUCCACCAACACCACCGGCAACGGCUGCUGCUGCUUUAGCAGCAUAUAAUUAUUCACAAAGACUUAAAGGAAUGAUACCAGCUACCGGUACUGUACCGAAUCCACAUUGUCGUGAUCCUUAUUGUGGUGGACAAUGUAGUCCACUUCAUCAUAAUAGUCAUCAUAAUCCAUUGGCAUUGGUGGCCUUAUCAUCAUCUUCGACUUCUUCGACAACAACAUCUCCUCCUAUUUCUGUUAAUGGUACGAAUCAUAGAACGGAAACAAAUGGUCAUUCAUCUUCACAAGCUUCUUCAAACGGUUCGUCAUCAAAUUCAGCUUCAAAUACACCAUGUACACCAGCAACAUGUCCAAAUGGUUGUAAUCAAUGUGAACAUCAACGUUAUCUAGCCACAUUGGCUGCUGUAUAUGGAAAUUCAUUUGCCGCUUUGGGCGGUGGUGGAUACGGUUUAUUGCAAUCACCAUCGGCAGCAGCAGCAGCAAGUAAUGCUUAUGCAUCAUCGUUGGCCGCUGCAGCCGCAUUACAACAACAUCAUCAACGUAUGAUGGCAGCUUUAGCCGCAUCAGCAGCACCAACAGCUACAACAGGAAAUGUUUGCAAUUGGAUUAUUGGUGAUAAUCAUCAUUGUGGAAAACGUUUCAAUACAAGUGAAGAAUUAUUACAACAUUUAAAAACGCACACAUCAUCAACGUCAACAAAUAAUAUCAAUGAUACAUCUGCUAAUAAUAAUAAUAAUAAUAAUAGUCGUAAUCAAAGUUCAUCAUCACCAUUAAUUAACAAUCAUCAACAACAACAAAAUUCACCAUCAAUAGGUGGAACACCAUCACCAUCGGGUAGCCGUACAGGAUCAUCAUCAUCAACGGCCAGUCCAUCAUCAUCAUCUCAUAAUCAUCAUCAACAUCAUCAUAAUACUAAUAAUCGUUAUCAUCCUUAUUCAAAAUCAAUAAAUCUAUCAAAUGGUAAUUCAAAUACAGUUACUACAUCAUCUGCUUCAGGUACAACUAAUGUUUCAUUAGCAUCAUCGCUACCUCCUACAUUGAUGCCAUCAUUAUUUGGUCUAAAUGGUUCAACAACAAAUGGUAUUGGUUUAUAUGGUCAUCAACAACAUUUAACUGGAACAACAUCACCAUUUACAGCUGCAGCAGCAGCAGCAGCGGCUGCUGCUGCUGCUGGUUUACCAACAUCAUCCGCAUCAAAUUUUUAUUAUCCAUUUACGUUGGCACCACCACCAAAUUUUCUUGCCGGUCGUAUUGGACCACCGGUACCACCAUAAAGUUAAUUCUUCGAAAUAAAAAAGGAAAAGAAAUGUUCACACAAACACACAAACACCUUUCAAUAUGAUGAUUGCCUUUUUCUCUAAUUACACCUAUAUGUCAAUGUUGUUUGUAUUUUCUCUCUCAAUUAACGCCAUAUUGAUCUUUUUUUAGUUAUUAUUUUUUUCGAUUGAUUGAUUGAUUGAUU